AUGGCUGCUGAUAUUGAAGCUGCAGUAAAGUCAACGAAAAGUUCCUCAGAACAGGCAAGACAGCGAACACCACCGAAAGCAGUGGAACCACCAGCAAAACCAAAGUCUCCUCCCCGACCUCCGCCUCCACCACCACCGCCUCCACCACCGCCACCCCUACCACCAACUUCGAAACCAAAAGCUGUGAAGAAAAAGCGGCUGUCAUCAGAAACUUCGGUUAAUCAAUUCUUUUCAUUUUCGCAUCAAGCCUUCAUGAUAAGUUAG